GUCGUUGUUGCAUUCCGAGCUGUUCUCGAUCUUUGACUUUUGGUCAUUUAAUUUUUGCCCGAGUCCUGCACUCUUGUGUACUUAGAGAGAAUUUCUAAGUGUAUAAGAGUAUGAGCUUGAGAGGGAUGAUGUAGUGCCCUUAGGAUAAAUUAAAGUCUACAUUUGCAAAAUGAUGUAGCGUGUAGUAACGUUGAUGUGUACAAUUGGAAUUUAUGAAUAUUCCUUUUUUAAUUUUAAAUUUAUCAGCGGUUUUUGUCAUUAAGACAAAACAGAAAGCACAUUACAGAGCCUGAGCUUUUUGCACGCCUUUUUGGAGAAAUUAUUCAGUUUCUUGGGCAGUUGCUUUGUAGCCAGACACGUGUCCUCUUCCCGCUUACUUUUUAAGAGAAGUAUUAAAGGUUGAAGCCUUCUUCUCUUUCUUGUGCGCUUUCAGUUAUCUUGCUUUCUAACUUCUAGAGCUUCCAAGCAACUGUAGAGCCUCCGAUUUCGUUCCGGCCAGAGUUUUCAUCUUCCGACUUCGACGCUUUUUCCUUUUCACGAGUUAGAUCUCGGGUCCCCCUUGUGUGUUCUUCAUUUGUUGUUUGUCGUCGGGAAAAAAAAUCCGGAAAUGGGUUUUUCCCGUGGUUCUGGUUUUUUAGGCGGUAGGGUAACCCUAGUGCCACAAUGGGGGUGUGGAUGGUACUCCUUAGAAUUGCACAAGCAUGCUGAUUUCGGGCUUGGAUUUUUUAUUUGGGUCGGAUUUCGGUAUGUUAUCCUUGGAUUCUGAUUUAGCGUACUGUGUUGAUGUUUUUGACAGAUUAAGAAAGGUUUCCCAAAGUGACUCUGCUAACACUGGAGAGGGUCAACUGUGACCUACCCCUCGGGUAUGAUGAUGAUGCGGCUAAUAGGGAGGCCGACAUUGAUAAGGAGGUCGAUGACGUCGCCUCUGCACUUGACAUCACUCCAUUCCGCGUUGUUCAGGCUCAGAGUGGCUGGAAGAAGAAGAGAUACGGUGACACCAAGGAAAUUGGUGUCUUGGACGACAAUAGCCCGAUUGAGGGCCUAUGCUCACUUUUUUAUGAUGAUUGGGAUGAGGUUCGCCAUUUGGCAGGGCUUAAAACGAACAUUGUGAGGCCAGAAGCUGGCAGCUUCCCCACUCAUGCCCUCCCGGGUUUGUUGUGGUCCACAAGGACGCUUUGGACCAUGGGUUUUGUUUCCCACUAAGGCCUUUUGCCAGGGACUAUCUCAACUGGGUUGGACUGCUUCCCUGUCAGAUUGCGCCCAAUGGGUUUUACCUGAUUGCUGGGUUUUUGCUGUGUUGCCACGAGCUGGAGUUGGGGGCAACUUUGGACUUGUUUUGCCACUUAUUCCAGAUCAGUCUUAACCCCUCGAAGAGGAACCAAGGCUAUGUGCUGACAUUGCUUAAGUGGCUAGCAGAAGUGGGUUUCAUAACACCCCUACUUCCCACCGUGGGUGGAAAAACGGGUUUGUGUUUAUGUGUACCAACAGGAGGGACGGGUUCCCCUUCACUGCUGAGGGCUCCAACACUUUCAGGAGGCAUAAUGCCGGGGAGCUGGGGUUACUUGCUGACUCGGAGCAGAAGUAUGUUGACUUCGGUUACCUAGAAAUCAAGAGGUACGUGACGGAGCCGAAGCUGAGAAAGGAUCUAGGCUAUGUCUUCUAUUCCACCAUCCACGCUUUUGAUGAUAGAGAGGCCGGUGGUAGUGGAGCUGGCACUGGUGGCUGAGUUGCUGAGAUUGAUGUUACUCAUGUUUAGGCCAGUAGGGAGGAAGCUGAUAUGGCUGCUACUAUUGCAACUUCUCUUGUUGAUGGAGAAACGGAUGCUACUAAUGAGCCUGCCUUUGGGGUGUUAUGGUCCCAAGAGACAGAGGAAGAGAUUGAAGAGGGGUUAGUUAGCCCUCAAGAGAAGAAGGCAUCAAGGGGAUGCCUCUGUUGCUGAUCAGAUUGUUGAGCAGCCCACAAUUAUUGUUGUUGUUGCUAAUCAAGGGGGCACACAUGAGUCCCUUAGGUGAUAUGAGCCCUCCUCAUGGUAGGGCUCCGCUAUCUAGUCAGGUAUAAGCUCCGGUCUCCACAUUAGGUAACUGUUUGUGCCCCUUAGUCUGUGUUCAUGUUGUUCUGUUGAUGUGGUAUGUGCUUUGUACUUGGUUGUUUCUCUAUUUUUUUGUAGGUUGCCUCUUUAUUUUUGAGUUGCUGGACCUUGCUCAAGGGAAGAAUAGGAGGAAAAGGAAUUCCUCUGAGGGGGUGAAAGAACCUGAAUCCUCCCCCAGUGGCUCCUCCUCUUCCUCUUCAGAGGAUGCUAAGGAUGUUGCAAGGUAGCCUGACGCUGAACCAGAGGGGGAUGAUGAUGAAGAUGCCAAGGAUGUUGUUGGGCAUCCUGGCGCCGAGCCAGAGGGGGAGAAUUCCCUAUAGAAAUCAUUCCCUGUCGGUGGGGUCACCGGUGGUGCCCAGGUUCCGGAGGUGACCAUGGAGGCUAUUCAACAGCCCCAUGUUGAAGAUACAGUUGUUGCCUCUCCCCAUCAACCAGACGUGGUGAUGGUGGAGAGUGACCAUGAUGAUGAUGCUGAUGAAGAGGGCAAGGAUGAGGAGACCUAGCUCAAGAGAAUGCUCAACCUAGCUCUGGUGCUGACCAGGAUGAUGGGCAGCCCAGUGAUCAGGAGGCUGGUCCCGAGAACCAGAAGUUCAAAUACUACAUGGAUCAUGAAUGCAACUUUGUUGCAUAAACAAUCCAUGAUAUGGAUUUCAUGACCAAGAUUCGCCCGCAUUCUGAUGACGUAAUUUUGAGUAAGAUGUCCACCAAAGCAAUUGCUGAUGACUUCGCUGUUGGUGUUCUCCGAGGCUCAUGAGGCAGAACUUCGGGCCAGGAGGGCUGAGAAGAAGGAAAUUGGCCUUCACCAUGAUAGGCACGAGGCAAGGCGCUCUGGACGUUGCUCAGUUGCGUAUAAUAGAGCUUGAGCAACGGGAGCAUGAGCAUGGGGCCACGGCAGACCCAGCUAUUGACCAAACUGCCAGGGCCCUGGAGUGCUUGGGUGAGGCCGAGUGCGGGACUAUUGAAGUUGAGGAGUGGGUAGCCGCCCUUGAGUCAGAGCUCAAAGAAUGCCAUGCUCAAUUUAAUGCCCUCAAGGUCACCGCUGACGAGGCCGUGAAGGCCUUGAUUGAAGCGGAGGAAAAUGCCAUGCGCUCUGAGCAGAGCUAGGAAGGCUUAGGUGAGAGCCUUUGAUGCUGAGGAGGAGACCGUUGUCUACAUGUCUGAGUGGAAGAAGAUGACUGAUCUCGCCAAACAUGUGAGUGAUGAUAACAUCGAGCUUCACAAAACGGUCAACGAGCUUAUUGACAAUGCCAACUCUUAGCUCGUGAGGUGGAGCAAGUAGUAUAAGGGAUACUCGCAUAAGAGACAGACUAAAUCUAGAAAAUUCUUCCCUAAAUUACCUCUCUGUACUCUCGCUAAAAUUACUGACAAAAUUAAUCACAAAAUCCUUGAAGUUAAGGCAACACACACAAUUAAUCUUGCUCCUGAUCAGAAUGACUUGUGAAGGUGAUGGUGAAUAGUGAAAAAGUCCCUUCUUUGAGAGUUUGGAACAACCUGAUAGUGACUCGAUGCAUUCAAAAGUUUUGGGGCUAUCAUCUAUCGCUAUGCAAAGAGUGGACACGGUGUACGACUAAGCUAAACUGUCACUGCACAUUGAUGCUUUGACGUAUAUUUGAAGUGCGCGAUGGACUAAUGUAAAAGAUGUACAAGCCUUCAAAUCCAAUCCAAUUUAAUUCAAUUUGUUUUCCUUGUCAUGUUGGCACGAGAACGUCAUUUCUUUCGAAAAAUUCC